GCACAGGAGACCUCCAGCCAGGGCCAGGUGGGAGGGGCAGUAGAGGGGCAGGGUCGCGCAGUGCCCUCUGCGCCUGCGCCCCGGCGCAAGGUGGGGCUGCGGGAGCCCGCACUGUAGGGUGCGCGCAGGGGUAGGGGGCAACUGUCAAUUGUCACCCUGAGGCGAACAGCAGCGGGAUGGCGACAGCCUCCGGGUCUUUGGACUUGGCUGGCCCCGGAGCGCCCCCGCCCGGCGGGGGAGCCCAGGCGGCGACAGCCGAGGAGGAGGAGCGAGAGGUGGUACGGGUCCGAGUCAAGAAAUGUGAGAGCAUCUUGCCACAUGAGUUCCGCUCUUUUGCUGUAGACCCCCAGAUCACCUCACUGGACGUGUUACAGCACAUCCUCAUCCGAGCUUUUGACUUGAACGGGAAGAAGAACUUUGGCAUCAGCUACCUUGGCCGGGACCGACUAGGACAGGAAGCUUACCUCUCACUCUUGUCUGACUGGGACCUCAGCACAGCCUUUGCCACUGCCUCCAAACCUUACCUGCAGUUGCGUGUAGACAUUCGGCCCUCGGAGGACAGCCCGUUGCUGGAAGAUUGGGACAUAAUCAGCCCCAAGGAUGUCAUUGGCUCCGACGUGUUGCUGGCUGAGAAACGGUCAUCGCUGACGACUGCUGCCUUGCCCUUUACACAGUCCAUCCUCUCUCAGGUGGGCCGUACCUUGUCUAAAGUCCAGCAGGUACUGAGCUGGUCCUAUGGGGAAGAUGUCAAGCCCUUUAAACCACCCCUGAGCGAUGCCGAGUUUCACACGUACCUGAACCACGAGGGCCAGCUCUCCCGCCCUGAGGAGUUGCGCCUGCGGAUCUAUCAUGGUGGCGUGGAGCCCUCACUGCGAAAGGUGGUGUGGCGCUACCUGCUGAAUGUGUACCCAGACGGACUGACAGGCCGAGAGCGGAUGGACUACAUGAAACGCAAGAGUCGAGAGUACGAGCAGCUCAAGAGUGAGUGGGCCCAGCGAGCGAGCCCCGAAGACCUGGAAUUCAUCCGAAGCACGGUCCUCAAGGACGUACUGCGCACUGACCGGGCCCACCCCUAUUACGCGGGGCCUGAGGAUGGCCCACACCUGCGAGCACUACACGACCUGCUCACUACCUAUGCCGUUACCCACCCACAGGUGUCCUACUGCCAAGGCAUGAGUGACCUUGCCUCACCCAUCCUCGCUGUCAUGGACCAUGAGGGCCAUGCCUUCGUCUGCUUUUGUGGCAUCAUGAAGCGCCUGGCUGCCAACUUCCAUCCUGACGGCCGUGCCAUGGCCACCAAGUUUGCUCACCUCAAACUGCUGCUGCGACAUGCUGACCCCGACUUCUACCGGUACCUGCAAGAAGCAGGUGCUGAUGACCUCUUCUUCUGUUACCGCUGGCUGCUGCUCGAGCUCAAGCGUGAGUUCGCCUUUGAUGAUGCUCUCCGCAUGCUCGAGGUCACCUGGAGCUCACUGCCCCCUGAUCCUCCCGAACAUGAGGUGGAGCUGGUUGGAGCUCCCAGCCAAGUGGCAGACAAUGGCUUUGGUGGCCACAGGGGGCGGCCUGUGCGACAGAGGCACAUGCUGAGGCCUGCUGGUGGAGGAAGCAGUGCCUUUGAAGAUGCUGUUGACCACUUGGCCAUGCCCAGCCAGAGGCCUGGUGGUGGGGGGCGUCUCCUGAGACAAACCAGCCUGGAUGGCCUCCAGCAACUCAGGGAUAACAUGGGCCCCAGGAGGGACCCUCUGGUCCAGCUGCCUCACCCAGCUGCCCUCAUCAGCUCCAAGUCCCUCUCUGAGCCCUUGCUGAACUCCCCAGAUCCACUUCUCUCCUCCUUUUCCCACCCUGAUUCCCCGUCCUCCUCAUCUCCACCAUCCACCCAGGAGGCCUCUCCCACUGGCGACAUGGCUGUAGGAUCUCCCUUGAUGCAAGAGGUAGGCUCCCCAAGAGACCCUGGGAAGUCCCUGCGACCCCCACCCCCAGUGGGCCUGCCCCCACCCCAGGAGUUUGGCCGGGGGAACCCAUUCAUGCUCUUCCUCUGCCUGGCCAUCCUGCUGGAGCACCGUGACCACAUCAUGCGCAACGGGCUAGAUUACAAUGAGCUGGCCAUGCACUUUGACCGCCUCGUGCGAAAACACCACCUGGGGCGCGUCCUGCGCAGGGCCAAGGCUCUCUUUGCUGAUUACCUGCAGUCAGAGAUGUGGGACUCGGAGGAGGGGGCUGAGGCCACAGCCCCAUCUUGAUCAAGCUCCCUGCAGCCCACCAUCAGCCCCCACCAGGUAUCCAUUCUUUGCCAUGAGGGCCUACACACGAGACCCCACCUCCCUGCCUGCCAGCCCCUAGACCUGUUGGAGUGUGGGUCCCUUUUUCCCCAGGUCAGAGUGUGUGGGGUUCUGCUUCAGCACUGCCCCCUGGAGGCCACAGCCUUUUUUUUCCCGUUUUUGUUGUUUUGUUUUUAACUAUACUUUGCACACAUGAA